AUGUGGCCUUUCACGGCAUACCCCGAAGUUACAGCGGCUCAGGUCAGCGGAAAGACCUACGAUUACGUUAUAGUCGGAGGUGGCACUGCGGGCUGUGUUUUGGCCUCGCGAUUGUCAGAGGAUCCUAAUGUCUCCGUCCUCGUCCUUGAGAAAGGAUACGUCAAGGACAACUUUGCUCAGACCACCCGCUUUUCCGAGCCCAUCCGUAGUGUAAACGGACGCAGGAACCAAAUCAUCACGGCUGAAGGCAUCGGCGGAGCUACGAGAAUCAACUCCAUGCUCUGGACAAGAGGCGUCCCUGGAGGCUAUGAGGAGUGGGCUACAACACUUGGCCUUGACGAAUGGGCAUGGGACAAAGUCGAGCCUUGCUUUCGCAAGUUAGAGAAUGCGCUUUGUCACCCCGAUUCGCCGGAGAGAGGGCAUGACGGACUCAUCCCUCUUCAACACAAGGCCUGGGGCUUCAAGUGGCCAGCAUAUGUUGACCGAUCCGCGAGAAAGCUUGGACUGCCCGUGGGCCAAGAUUGUAACAGUCCUUCUACCCCAAGCAUGGGACUCUUCAACGUGGAUAUGGCCAUCCAUCCCAAUGGGCAGAGGGCUUCUGCAUAUAACACAUACCUCGAUAAGAAACUGGCUCUCAGCAGACAACAGCAUCUCACGGUUUGUGCCGGUGUGGUUGUUUCAAAGCUGGACGUGGAUGAGGACACCGGUCUCGUCCGUGGUGUUCAUAUCCAAAGUAUCGACAAGGGCGCGCAAGAUACUGCAUAUGUGCAGGCGAGGCGUGAAGUAAUUAUUUGCUCAGGUGCCAUUUGCACGCCUCAGAUCCUGCUAUUAAGCGGCGUCGGUCCAAAGAGCCAGCUUGAUGAUUUGAAGAUCCCUCUGAAGAAGGAUUUGCCGGUUGGUGCCAGUUUACAGGAUCAUUCCAGUUGCGCCAUCAUGCUCGAAUUGCCCAAAUCAGAGACCCUCAGUUUACUUGAGUCCAUCUCCAGCCUCUGGCACCUCCUGCUCUUCAUAUUAUUUGGAAAAGGCUUGAUGGGUGCAAGCUCCACCCCUAAAACGGCUUUUGUUUGCUCAGCUGCCCUCGAUGAGAAGACAAUGCAGGUCGACAACUUCGAAGUUUUCGCUGACGCCUCAAAGCCCACCAAUAUUCCUGACACGGAGAUCAUGGUGCACCCCGUGAACAGUCUGGGAAGGCCGGUACCAGGACACUCACUGCUCACCUUCUAUACCACCCUUGUACAGCCCAAGUCCGUGGGUAGCGUCGAGCUUGUGAACAGGGAUCCCCUCGCCAACCCACGUAUCCAUCAUCCCAUGUUCGAUGACCCACAGGACAUGAUAACAUUCAGAAAAGGCAUCCGAUUCUCCAUGAAGUUGGCGGAAGAAUUUCUCAACUCUGGCUAUCCCCACCCUGCCUCAAUUGCAUUUGCUCCCGGUGCAAAUCCAGAAUUGCUGGCCGCGUGGGAGAAGGAGGCGCCAAGCAGCGAUUCACCUGCAGUGCCACCACCAGCCCCUGGGCUGACUUUCAGCCAAGGGGCUGGUAAUUUAUCUGUCAAGAAUGCCCAGAGCCCUGCUGACAACAAAACAUGGAAGACUGUCUCCGACGACGAGAUUGACGACUAUGUCCGGCGGGUUAGCAUGGGCAGCCUUCAUUCCUCGUGCACUUGUCCAAUGUCGAGGGAUGAGACGUCUGGAGUUGUGGACCAGUAUCUCCGCGUCCACGGUUUCAAGAACCUGAGGAUUGCUGAUGCGAGUGUGUUCCCAAAGAUCCCCAGUGGUCACACCAUGGCCCCUACCAUGAUGAAGAACCUACACUGA